UUUUGUUUGCUUGUUGGACUAGCUGAGACGUCAUCCGUAGGCCAUUACCGCACCCUUUCUCUCGCGCACACGAGCACCAACUUAUUCUUGCCCUCUGCGCGACCUGUCCUCAAACACCUCUUCUACCUAACCCCUCUCCCUCUCAACCUGCACCCAUCUUCUCCUACCAAACCCAAACGUUGCUGCUCCCCAAUAUUCAUUCCUCACUCACCACCCAUCGCCGCUGAUAACCCAUCCGGUUGUUUGCCUCAUCCCAACCUCAUCAUGUCCGACUCCUUCAACGUCAACGAUGACGCCCAGCUUAACGGCCACGGCCAGCUAAAUGGCAAUUCCAACGUGGCCCAAAACGCAACCAGGGCCAAAGACAGCUUGAUCGAUUCCUCUUCCGCCAUGGCCGCCGUAAACAACCACCCCACUACCCAAAACAUCAAGAGCAACAUUGCAAAUGGACCCGUUGGACAAGGCGUCAAAGUCGAGAGUGAGAAGACUAGGAACGAGUUUGCCGACCUAGCAAACUCCCGGACUACUCCUGAUCAGCCUGCUGCGACGGGACAGCCCCUCACCCAUUACCACUCUCUGUUCUACCGUCUCUUGAGCUGGAAGAACCCUCGCGCGACCGCCAUCUCCUUCGCCCUCGCCGUUACCUUUAUCUUCUCCGCCCGAUACCUCAACGUCAUCCGCUACAUCUUCAAAGCUCUAUGGAUAACUCUGGGCCUUACUGCUUCCGCGGAACUUGCUGGCCAGAUGACUAUUGGAAAGGGCUUUACUUCUCAGUUCAGGCCGCGCCAGUACUACACCAUUCCCAAGGCUUCGCUUGAGCGCCUCUUGGAUGAUGUGGAGCAGUUCAUCAACUUCUUUGUGAUCGAGUCUCAACGCAUAGUAUUUGCUGAGAACGUGUACACAACUGUCGGUGCUUUCGCCGCUUCGCUCUUCUCCUACUUCCUCAUCAAGUUCGUUCCUCUCUGGGGAUUGGCCUUGAUCGCUACCAUCGUCGCCUACCUGGCUCCUCUUGUGUACAUUCAGAACAAGGAAGUCAUCGAUGCCCAGCUCGAGAAGGGUAGGCAGAUGGCCAACCAGCAAGCAGCCCAGCUCAAGGAUCUUGCUGCGCAACACACUGGUAACGCAGCCAAGACGGUCCAGGGCUACACUCAACAAUACACCGCAAAGGCUCAGGAGACGAUCAACUCAUACCGUGGACGUUCUACUUCUCCUGAGGCCAAGAAGACGGACUUUCCCGCUGCACCCCAGCAUGAGCCGGCUGUGAAGGAAGAGCCUGUUGUUGAUCAGGAGCCUCUGUUGACGUCGGAAAAGCAGGACCCUGUUCCUCUUGCUGCUUAG